AUGUCAUUCCACCGAUCCUGUGAAGACAUCCACAUCCGCCAGGAGGAUGGCUGCACCAUGCUCCUGGCCAAGGUCCGCGACAGCCAUGGCCAGCUGAUCACCCGAAAGAUCCGCCUCGAUGACCACAUCGGCAACACAGACGGGUGGUUCAUCUGGGGAGGAAACAACUUCACCCGGACCGCGAGGAAUAUCUCCCUCGAGCACACCGAGCACGGACCUAAACUGUGCGCCGAUCUGGAAAUGAGGAAUGGGGGAUCGAGAGGGCUCCAGGGGAUUCUGCUUUCGGAGAAGAUAGGCAACAGCGACGGGCAUCUGAAGUUCUUGGUGAGUUUCUCUUGCGUUGAUGUCGGGUGGGAUUCAGUUGAUGCUCAUGUCGGGGAAUAG